GCCGACUUCUGCGCUCUGCCUGCUACAAGAUAGUGCUUUGUAGUUACUGCUACACUCCCAGACUAAGGCAACUAUGGACGGUCCCAGCACAAGCAGCUCCACGCCAGCUGCGUCGACAAGCGAGUCCCGCACCUGGAGCAAUUUUGGAUGGUCGAUAGCAGUGCGGCUACAUGCAGCCUGGGCUUGCUUUGACAAGUGGGCGGGGUGGCUCAUAGGCCUUGACAACUCGCCCUACCAGUGGGCAGUUGCGGAGUACCAGCUACAGAAGGCGGAGGAGGAGCGUGAGCUACAGCGACGGCUGAAAUCAGAGAACCUGGUGCGGCGGAAUAUGGAGGAAGGCGCGGGUCUGGAGGACGACGCAACAGCCCGGACAGGCGGGGCGGGCGACGCCGGCAGCAGUGGCGGCAGCGCCGGCGGAGGGGGCGAGGCGCAGCGGGACCUGGAAAUGACGCGGCCGCACAGCAAUGCCAUCUCCCGGUAGCAGUGGCGGCAGGGGUCGUCACGAGGCAUGCAGCUGCGGGGGUUAGUGAUAAGGUUGCCCGGCACGUGGCUGCUGGUGGUUGCGGCGUCGCGUGACUGACGUGGCGCGGGAUGUGACGCGAUAGGCAUGCAGGUGCUGUGAGACGAGGCGGGCGGUCGGUACUAGCUGUGCUGGGUUAGCGGCAGUCGUGCGGUAUGUGACGUUUGGGCACGCACGCGGUCCAGGCAUCGCCGAAGCCUUAGGCCCGGGUCUUUCACUUACGGUGUGUAUUGGAUUUGAGUUUUAGGGUGAAGACAUGCAUGCUCGUCUGUGACGGUGGUGGCGUCGUGGGUUAGCGACAAUCACUGUUCUGUUGCCCGCGCAAAGUGUAGCGGCAGCAAGGGUACGCGGGCCCUUCGCAGUAUGGAUAAUAAGCUUGCGUGCACUAUAAAUACGCCGGGGUAAGGCUUAAAGUGGUGGCUGGCAAGGUGACACUGGCAAGGUGAUGGAAUUCCAAUUCGCAAACGCUCAGCAGGUGUGAACCCAACCGCCGGGGCGGCCGUUGGCUGUUCAGCGGGGCUCGACACGGCUCGUAGCGCCAGGGAUAUAUUAAGGUUUCGACUGGGCGAGUGUCGGGUCCCCGUGAACUGGACGGGAGCCAUUAAAUGCUAUAAUAAGCAGCGAGAAGACUAAAAAUAAAAUGUAAAAUAAGUAGCAA